UAUCUCAUACGUAACAGUACUAAAGGACGUGGACGUACGGGUUUGAUUGUCGUUGGAACGUUUAGCUUUGCGUCACUCAGAAUGGGAGUCAACUUUUCUCGUGCUCUCAAAGAAGACGAAACUGCUGAAUUGUCAGCCGCUACUGGAUUUAGCGCACGGCAAAUAGUUCGUCUUUACAGCCGGUAUUCAACACUUGAUAAAGAAAACAAGGGAUACUUAAGCAGAGAAGAUUUCGAACACAUUCCUGAGUUAGCUAUCAAUCCACUUGGAGACAGAAUUAUUGCAGCAUUUAUGGAUGGAAGCCAAGAUGAGCAUGUCAAUUUCAAGCAGUUUUUGUCUGUACUUGCCAGAUUUAGACCUAUCAAGAAGCACGUCACUAAUCAAUCAUCUGUCAAUUCUAAAGAGGAGAAACUAAGAUUUGCCUUCAAUAUGUAUGACUUGGACAGAGAUGGCAAAAUUUCAGCACAUGAGUUAACUGAGGUGCUCAAGAUGAUGGUUGGAUCUAAUGUUAGUCCUGAACAGCUUCAAUCUAUUGCAAGUUUGACAAUGAAGGAGGUUGAUUUUGAUCAAGAUGGGACAAUAUCAUUUGAUGAUUUUCAACAGGCAAUGAAGGGCAUCAAGAUAGAAGAGAAAAUGAGCAUUCGUUUCUUGUCAUGACUAGUACUUAUCAAUCUGUAGCAUGAUUUUGUUAGCUAAAGAUAGAUAGACUGGCUGUAUGAAUUUUACUGUAAGUUGUAAAUAAUACACGUGUACUGUA